AUGUUAGAAGGUAAAUUUGAUGAAAGUACUUUAUUAAAAAAAAUUGUUGAUUCAAUUAAAGAUUGUGUUAAAUUAUGUAAUUUCAAUUGUACUGAACAUGGUAUUACCGUUCAAGCAGUUGAUGAUUCAAGAGUUUUAUUAGUUUCAUUAUUAGUUGGUCAAACAGCUUUUACUGAAUAUAGAUGUGAUAGAGAUAUUACAUUAGGUAUUGAUUUAGAAUCAUUUUCAAAAAUUAUAAAAUGUGGUAAUAAUGAAGAUUAUUUAACUUUAUUAGCUGAAGAUUCACCAGAUUCAGUAAUGACAAUUUUUGAAGAUAGAAAAAAAGAAAGGAUUUCAGAAUAUUCAUUAAAAUUAAUGAAUAUUGAUUCUGAAUUUUUAAAAAUUGAUGAUAUGGAUUAUGAUACAGUUAUAACCAUGCCAAGUUCAGAAUUUGCAAAAAUCGUAAGAGAUUUAAAAAAUUUAUCAGAAUCUUUAAAUAUAAUUGUUACUAAAGAUUCAGUAAAAUUCUCAUCAGAAGGGGAAAGUGGUUCUGGUUCUGUUAUUUUAAAACCUUAUAAUGAUUUAGAAAAACCCGAAGAAUCUGUUAAUGUUCAUUUAGAUAAUCCUGUUGAUUUAACUUUUGGUUUAAAAUAUUUAAGUGAUAUUAUAAAGGCAAGUUCUUUAUCAAAUCAAAUUACUAUAAAAUUAGCUGAUAAAACACCUGCUUUAUUUGAAUUUAAAUUAAGUGUUGGUGGUUAUUUAAGAUUUUAUUUAGCUCCAAAAUUCGAUGAUGAAGAAUAA